AUGUUGAAUCUUUCACUUGAAGAUGAUGUAUUAAAGAAGGCACUCUAUAGUGAAAACCCAGAAGAGAAGAUAUAUAUCAGAAAGAUACACUUUAGAGGCCUCACAAAUAAGAAACAACAUGCAGAUAUUUGCAAAAUAGCA